GUGGAGACCGCGCCAAAGCUCAGACAGCGGCGACUCUUCGGGACAUAAGCCACUGCAGAGAGGCUCUCUACACACUUUACCUUCGCUUCAGCUGCUGCGCGCACUUCUAACUUCGCUCUUCGGAGACUUUGUGGGACUGAUUUUUUUUCUCAGACAGUUGAGUCAAGACAAGAAAGACCUCUUUGAUACAAUUUUUUAGGAAAUGUUGUUCAACUUAACGGUCGUGACCCACGUCUGACGGGGCGGUGCGGCGGAGUUGCCGCACUGUUGGACUGGAUAUAUAACUAGCUUUCACUCAAGAAGGUCCGCACCCCAAUCUACAGUAUCAUACAACAAGUGGAUACCUUUUUGCCUCGAAUACUGUCAUCUGACGGGAUAGGAUUUGACUUCACCGGCUUUUCACUUUGAAUAUGUUGCUGUCAAAGUUUGGUUCAUUUUCCCACAUUUGCAAUCCUUCAAGCAUGGACCACCUACCAGUGAAGAUACAGCUCCAGUCAGUCAAAGUGGAGAAGGAGCCUUUUGAGAAGGUUUACCAAGUGGGCUCGGUUCUGGGCAGCGGGGGCUUCGGCACUGUGUACGCCGGGAGCCGGAUUUGUGAUGGCGCGCCGGUUGCUGUAAAACAUGUCGCAAAGGAGCGAGUGACCGAGUGGGGCACAAUUAACGGAUCUAUGGUGCCUUUGGAGAUCUUGCUGCUAAAGAAGGUCAGCUCGUCUUUUCGCGGAGUUAUCAAAUUGCUGGACUAUUAUGAGCGCCCGGAUGGCUGGCUCAUCGUUAUGGAGAGGCCGGAGCUCGUCAAGGACCUUUUCGACUUUAUCACCGAAAAGGGCGCGCUGGACGAGGACACGGCCCGAGGAUUUUUCCGCCAGGUUUUGGACGCGGUUCGACACUGCUACAGCUGCGGUGUAGUGCACAGAGAUAUCAAAGAUGAAAACCUGCUUGUGGAUCUACGCACCGGGGAGCUCAAGCUUAUUGACUUUGGCUCAGGGGCGAUUCUCAAGGACACGGUCUACACGGAUUUCGAUGGUACUAGAGUCUACAGUCCACCUGAAUGGAUCCGCUUCCAUAGAUACCACGGGCGGUCGGCAACUGUGUGGUCACUUGGGGUGCUUCUCUAUGACAUGGUGUGCGGAGACAUCCCGUUUGAACAAGAUGAGGAAAUACUCCGAGGCAGGCUGUACUUCAGGAGGAGGAUUUCUGCAGAGUGCCAGCAGCUCAUCAAGUGGUGCCUGGCUCUGCGCCCGUCGGAUCGGCCCACGUUGGAACAGAUCUGUGACCACCCCUGGAUGAGAGCAGCAGGGGUGGAGUCCUCCUCCAAAUCACCAGAGGAGCCCAGUGUGAAGAGUGGGGACAUUCGGCUACGCACCAUCGACACAGACUCUUCAUCAAGCACAAGCUCGAGCAAGGAGAGCCUCUGAGGGCGGACCCCAACUCUGGACUCUGUGAUCUCAAAAUUGACUCUGAAAAAAGACUGUCCAGCCCACUACUGGCUGAGAAAAAUGUAUUUUAAUUUUCCUCUUUUGUAGGGAAUUUCUAAUUUAUUACUUUUGCGUACCCUCUUCUUUUACUUUGAAAUACUUGUUUCCUUAAAGGGGAACAUUAAACUGUUUGGGUGGUCUUACCAGCAAUAUUUAUUAUUUCUUCUUUUUAAUAACUAUAUUUGUUUUGUUACUAGGCUGGUAUAUGCAGCUGGCAAGGCCCUCCUACCAGACAUGACUGCUCUCAUAGAGCUCAGAGAAACCCUAUUAUUAUUAUUUAAAUGUUUUAAUUUUGAUUUUGGAGUGCCUUUUUUUGGAACGCUGCUUUUCGGGGGGCUUUCCACUUAUCAACAACUCGAUCAUAUAGUGGAUAGCCCAGAGCCUGGCGGUGAAGUUGUGUUGCACAGUGAUGGUGAGGCUCAUGCCCUUGACCAUCAUUGUACAACCCAUAACUCAAGGGGCUUAUUAGACCAGAGAUACGAAGGAGAUGGUAGUGGGGGCCGUGCUACAGAGAAAUACUUGAAAUACAUCUUUUAAACUGCUGCUCACUCACUCAAGCCUGAACAGGUGUUUUGGAAACUGGAUCCUGUCAAUUCUGAAUGUCUCCAAAAUGUCGACCCUCACAAAACGACCCCCCUCCUCUCUCCUUCUCUAACUUGACUUUUUACUACUACUCUCUUAAAGAAGCCUAUACCGCCAUAUCACUGCUACUACAACACUACAUGCCCCCCGCUCCCCGACCUCCCUCAGGAUUUGGGGGGGAGUGAGAAAUGCACAAUCAAUGCAAUAUUCAUGGACUCAAAAAUAUUGUACAGCUUGUUUUUAUUUUGUUGUGUGUACAUUUCUCCCCCUUUGCAUUUAAUUUAUUUGUAAACCAUGUAGACAUUCCACACUCUUGUGGCUAUUUAUUUAUUUAUUGUCUAUGCUUAAAAAACCCCUUAAAUUUUUUUUUUUUUUUUUUUUGGCAUAUCCUACUUGGCCUUUUAUUUUUCAUUCCUAACUUAUUUUUACAUUCAACUUUUUUGAAGAUGUGGAGGAUGCACUGAAGCAAGUUGUUGAUGUUGAACAGAAUAAAACAGUUUACUUAAAUUUGAGAGAGCAAUGAAUGUUAUUUAUAGUCUUUAAAUAAAUACGUCUGUUAUGUCAAAAUCUGAAAAUCCAUCUAAUUUAUGUUCUGUCAAAACGAAAGCAAAGGAAAAAACAACAGAUAAAGUGCUUUCAAAGUUGUCACAGCCUCAAAUUCAACAUCUUUCUGUUUUGCUGUGUGACUUGUGGCUCUGAAGGAUGGAUAUUGCUAUUUUUUGAUACAAGAAUUUCAAUUAAACACCCAUUUUUAUGUACAGAAAUAC